AUGACGUUUUAUUCGGGGUAUUUGAAGUGCAUUUGUAUUGCUUUACCUCAUGAUACUGAGCAUUUAAGUGCAGAUCGUUCCCAUCAGAAUGAUUGUUCCUCUCAUCCUCAGUGUGCUGAUGAUGAUGAUCCUGGAACAACUAAAUCAUUACUCGGACACAAAAGGACCACCAGGGUCAGGACUGUCCUCGAGGACCGGGCCGUAUAUAAAAAAAAAAAAAAAAGGAAGAGGAUCAAAAUCAAGGGCUGGAUUUGGAAACAGCUGCAGCGCAUCAAUGCAGGGGCCAGUGUGGCAGGAGUCCCCCCGCUGAGAGCAAAGAUGUGCGGUGACAAAGCUGGAGCGGCUCUGGAGGAGGGGAGAGGAAGAUCUCAGCGGACAAGAGCCUGA